AUGGCUCGUGCGACUAACUGGCUAUCGUUUUCGCUGUCGCCCAUGGAAAUGCUCAGGUCCUCCGAACCACAGUUCGUUCAAUACGACGCCGCUUCAGCUACUUCUUCUCAUCAUCAUUACUUCCUCGAUAACUUGUAUAACAACGGUAACCAAGGGCACGGAACCAUGGCGGAACCACCGUCUCUUUUUCUAACGAGCUUCAUGGACUCAUCAUCGCAGUUGCAGAAUCUAAACCAGCCACCACCCCCGCCGAAGCUGGAGGAUUUUCUCGGCGAUUCUUCCUCCAUGAUGCGCUACUCCGAUAGCCAAACGGAGACCCAAGACUCUUCCCUCACUCACAUAUACGACCACCAUGGUGGUGGCUCCGCUUACUUCGGCGGCGACCACCAAGAUCUCAAGGCCAUAACUGCCUUCCAAGCUUUCUCCACCAACUCUGGCUCCGAGGUUGAUGACUCUGCCUCCAUCGGAAAAGCGCAGCAACCUUGCGGCAACGAGUUCGGGACUCAUUCCAUUGAGUCAUCAGGGAACGAGUUCGCCUUCUCUGCCUCCACCGCCGCCGCAGCUACCGGUACUUUGUCUCUCGGAGUCUCGCAGAGUUCCGAGAAGGCCGUCGUCGCGGCGGAUUCCGAUAGCUCUAAGAAGAUCGCCGAUACCUUUGGCCAGCGAACUUCAAUUUACAGAGGAGUUACCAGACACCGAUGGACGGGUAGAUAUGAAGCGCAUCUAUGGGAUAACAGUUGCAGAAGAGAGGGUCAAGCAAGGAAAGGGCGUCAAGGUGGAUAUGACAAGGAAGAAAAGGCCGCGAGAGCUUAUGAUUUGGCAGCUCUAAAGUACUGGGGUCCCACCGCUACCACCAACUUCCCUGUUUCUAAUUAUGCAAAGGAAUUGGAAGAGAUGAAACAUGCAACAAAGCAAGAAUUUAUUGCAUCACUGCGAAGGAAAAGUAGUGGUUUUUCAAGGGGAGCUUCCAUAUACAGGGGUGUUACAAGGCAUCAUCAACAGGGUAGAUGGCAAGCAAGAAUUGGCCGUGUGGCUGGAAACAAAGAUUUAUACUUGGGGACAUUCGCAACUGAAGAGGAAGCAGCAGAGGCAUACGAUAUUGCAGCAAUAAAGUUUAGAGGUGCAAACGCUGUAACAAAUUUUGAGAUGAAUAGAUAUGAUGUGGAAGCCAUAAUGAAGAGUUCUCUUCCAGUUGGUGGGGCAGCAAAAAGGUUGAAGCUUUCUCUAGAAUCAGAGCAGAAACCCCCUCUGAGCAGUACUCAGCAGAACCAACAGUGUGCAAACGUGAGUAGCAGCAUCAAUUUCUCAGCCAUUCAUCAGCCAGUUGCUUCAAUCCCUUAUGGAAUUCCGUUUGAUUCAACAACAGCAUAUUAUCAUCACAAUCUCUUCCACCAUUUUCAUCCUUCCAAUGCUGAGUCAGUUGUAACUUCAACCAAUGCAACUGGAAUGACUGCACUGCCACCAGCAGCAGCAGCUGAGUUCUUUAUAUGGCCUCAUCAGUCAUAUUGACCUAAUCAACUAGUGUCAUCUUUUGCUAAUAUCAUCAUGGUUCUGCUAACAAGUCAAAAGCUAUAGUC